AUGUACCGUCUUGUUUCGUUCUUUCUAGGCGUAGCAGCUGUUUCUGCUAAUUGUCCCAAUUACGAGAAAUUCGCCCGUGAGCGGCACGAGCCCCUCUCAUCCGGGCGCUAUGCGUUCCCGCUUCAACGUCCCAGCAAAGACUGUCGCACUCAUUCAGUGCCAGCGGUUGAGCAUGUAAUUUACGAGGAAAUGGAUCAAGCUAUUGGCGAUCCAGAUCUUUAUCGUUUGUUUUUGAAUACAUGGCCAAACACUUUGGAUACAACCGUGCCGUGGAGGGGUGUGUCGGCGGAUAACGCUAAAGAAGAGUUAGCAUUUAUCACCACAGGUGACAUCAAUGCUUGUUGGGGACGCGAUAGUGCAAACCAGUUGCAGUCAUACAAAUCUAUUCUGUCCUCCUCCGACGAUAUCGCUUCUCUAUUCCGUGGUGCAAUUAAUCUUCAAGCCCGAUACCUCACAAAAGCACCCUUCUGCAACGCCUUUCAUCCCCCGCCCGAAGCCAAUUUGCGCCGAGCAAAGCGGUCGGUGCAGCCUCGAGAUACUGUCAGUCCGAAAUACGAUCCCAACUUUGUCUUCGAAUGCAAGUACGAGCUGGACACCCUCGCCGCCUUUCUCCAGCUAUCAUGGGACUACUAUGAAGAAACGGAAGACGGCGACUUCUUUGGGAAGUUUGGCUGGGUCGAGGCAGUUAGGAAGAUCCUCAAAGUCGCUGAGCGCAUGCAGGAGGGAACAUAUGACGAGCAAGGUAUGGUCCAGAAGCCAGCCUACAGUUGGUUGCGUAAUGCGGAUAGUGCUUCAGAAACGGUCUCCAACCAUGGCCAUGGAGCGCCUGUGAAAGGCCACAUUGGGCUUGUGCGCAGCUUCUUCCGACCAUCUGACGAUUCCUGCAUCUACCAGUACUUGAUACCCGCAAACAUGAUGUUUUCGAGGUAUCUCACCUCAUGCGCCAAGAUAAUGAGACCUCUUGACGAGAAAUUGGCCAAGAAGAUGGAGGCUAUGGCAAGCGGUAUUGAGUACGGUAUCAACCAGCAUGCUAUUAUUCAGCAUCCUGUAUACGGGGAGAUGUACGCCUACGAGAUUGACGGAUUUGGAUCCUACAGUCUCAUGGACGACGCGAAUUUGCCUUCUCUUCUUAGUAUCCCGCACAUGGGCUACAAGCCAGCUUCGCAGCACGUCUACGACAACACACGUGCUUUUGUUCUCAGUCCAUCUAACCCAUACUACGCACGAGGGCCAGUCCUAAACGCCACAGGCGGACCGCAUCUCGGCCCUGGUAUGGCGUGGCCUAUGGGACUUAUCGUUCAGCUCCUGACGAGCGAUGACGAUGACGAGAUUGUCGAUGGCAUUCGUCAGUUGAUGAACUCAACGAGUGGACUUGGUCUCAUACACGAGACAGUUAACAGCUUCAACGAGAAGCACUGGACGAGAUCAUGGUUCUCGUGGGCCAAUGGCUUGUUUGGCCAAAUGAUUCUGGACUUGUAUAAGAGAAAGCCAACGUUAAUAGCUAGGAGUUACCAGGACGUCGGAAAUGUUUAA